CCUGCUUUCCAAAAUCUCACACCCUCCCUCCCCAUUUUCACUUGCACGAUACCAAGUAAAAGAAGAUAAAUAACAAAAGCUUGAGCUUUGUUAAUUAGCUUCAACAAUCCUCAACACUAUUCUUCUUCUUCUUCUUCUUCUUCUUCUUCUUCUUCAAUGACUCAAUUAACAUUAUUGAUCCCUCUAUGCUCUCUCUUUAUUGCUUCUUCUUUCAUUUCAGGAGUUGUUUCAACGUCCUUUACGAUAACAAAUAAAUGUGACUACACAGUAUGGCCCGGCAUUCUCUCAAACGCUGACGCCCCGGCGCUUUCAACUACCGGUUUCGCCCUUCAAAAAGGCGAAACAAAGACCAUUACAGCACCUGCAUCAUGGGGAGGCCGUAUGUGGGGCCGCACAUAUUGCACGCAAGACGCCGCCGGAAAAUUCUCUUGCUUAACAGGUGAUUGCGGCUCCGGUAAGCUAGAAUGUUCUGGAAGUGGCGCUGCUCCUCCUGCCACGCUGGCGGAAUUCAAGCUCGACGGUUAUGGUGGCAUGGAUUACUUUGAUGUUAGUCUUGUGGACGGUUAUAACCUUCCUUUGCUUGUAGUGCCUCAAGGCGGUUCUGGUCAGAACUGCUCAAGCACUGGCUGUGUUGUGGAUUUGAACGGCGCGUGUCCUUCAGAACUUAAGGUUACUAGUACUGAGGGUGCGGGUGUUGCCUGCAAAAGCGCCUGUGAAGCUUUCAGGCAACCGCAAUACUGUUGCAAUGGCGCGUUUGCCACACCUGAUACUUGUAAACCGUCGUCUUACUCUGAGAUCUUUAAGAACGCGUGUCCACGUGCUUACAGCUACGCUUAUGAUGAUAAGACGAGUACUUUCACUUGUGCAUCCGCGGACUACACUAUCACCUUCUGCCCAACCCCAAACACCAGCCAAAAGGCAUCACAAGGGAAGAACACAGAAGCAUCAAAUACAGGCACAGGCAAUUCUCUGAUCAACAGCGCUAUGGUGUAUGAAGGUGCAUUGGAUCAAAGUGGGUCAUCACCGUCCAUUGCCCACGUGUUCGAAUCACGUAGCAUUACCGGUAUAGUCAGCAUUACAGUAGCUAUUUGGCAGUUGAGGCACUUCUUCUGAGCCACUAUUUCCUUUGUAGCUAGAAACAUUAGAUACGGUGUAACGGGUUGGGGAACGGUAGGCCUGGCAAACGUUAAAUGGGAAAACGUCCAUCUAAUAUUUGGCCCAAAGGGGGAGUGUCGUUUCGCCGGUAGACCCUACAAGUCUAUUUUGUUAGUAUGCUCUUUGUUUCAUGGAUGGGCCAUGUGACCCAAGACGUCGGGCCCCAGUUACGUGGUAGUGAGUCAUGAUAGAAAAAGCUCACCAGUCAGUUGCAAGCCACCACACCAACUGCUUUUUCCAAUUAAAUUUUCUUUCCGUUUUUCUUUUUUUGCUUUACGGAUAUAUACCGAAAACAUACAAAAGAGUGGUAGUAGCGGGGAUCGUGGUGCAAAAUGCAUGAAGACAGCCUACUAAGCUACGAAUUUUAUAAUAUUUUUAUUUCGAUAUAUAAAUGUUAUAGAGAUUAGAUACUAAUUCUUUUUAAUUAGUGUUAGUAAAAAGGGAGGGGAUGGGGAUUCAUUUGUUGGUUUCGAAUUUAUAUUAUGUAACCACCGCAUUUGGUGCCAAUAAAAUGAAGUUCUCUACUUAUUUUCAA